AUGUCGGAUCGGCGCAACUACAACUAUCCCUCCGACGUCGUACCCAAUCGUCCCGAAUGGAACACUGUCAAUGGCCAGCAACCCUCUCCCUACUCGUCCAGUCAUUAUUCAACGAUGGACCAGACGUACACGAUAGCGGCGCCACCACACCCUUCGGCACCACAAUCAACCCACCCGUACGGACUGGCCAGCGUUCCCAGGGCCGCCGCACCGUAUGCCGGAGGUGGUUAUGUCUCGGCAUCCCCGCCGUACAACAUGUCUGUGCCUCCUUCGGGGUACGGCCAAGGACCUGCAUAUCCUGCUUCUCAGCAGCAGAGUUCGCGGUACCCGACUGGACAAUCACCUCCCGACUCCCACAUGUAUUCUGGGCAGCAGCAUAACCCGCUAGUGGGUAGCCCGCCACACUCGCAAUCGCCAUACGCCCGAUCAAGUCCUGUCGCUGCCCCGGUGCAGUAUCCGGCAUCGCCAAGUCGGCCUUACUCUUGUGACAUGUGCGCACUGUCCUUCAACCGUCAGCACGAUCUGAAGCGUCAUCGCGAAACUCACUCCGGAGAGAAGCCAUUCUUGUGUAACGGCGGCUGCGGGAAGACAUUCACCAGGAAGGACGCGUUGAAACGGCAUCAGCUCGUCAAGCACUGUGGAUACGAGGAAACACCGUGA